AUGCUUUUUUGUGCUACUAGACAUUGCGAUCCUUCUAUAAGUGAGGCAGUAAAUACUUUAAUCUAUGCGGCACCCAGAUCAGAAAUUAAGGAAUUAAGUUUGGUUCGUGAUCAAUUAAUUGCAAAAUUUGGAAAAGAAUUCGCAUUAAAUGCGAUCGAAAAUAAGAAUAAUUGUGUGAAUGAAAAGCUUAUACAAAAGCUCAUGUUCAGUACAGCAGAUCCUUAUUUGGUGAAUAGUUAUCUUGAGGAGAUCGCCAAAUCAUAUAAUGUAAAUUGGAAAAUGGAUCCAAGUGUGGAAGAUUCAUUAUUAGGAAUGGACUUUUUAAAUACAAGAAAUAAGACAGAACUUACCGCCUUACCAGACAUGGAACUACUUUUGUCUUUGAAUAAUGACAAAGGAGGAAAUAGUCAGUUGUCUUCAAUAACUUCGUCCGAUUCCGAUUGUCUUGUUCUGGACAUUCCCACCCCUCAACGACCUGACAGCAAAAAGAAUGACAAGCUUGGUAGGCCACCAUCACCGUUAGACCUUUCUCAAAAUAAUUAUGUUACACCCCCACCACCAUAUUCGGCUAGUAAUAACAACGUCAAAACAACUACAGAAAACCCCAUACCAAAAUCUACAACUAAAUUUACAACUAAAUCUACAGCUAAGUCUACAGACGGCUUGCCAGAUCUUGAUGAAUUGGAAAGAAGGUUUGAGGCGCUGAAAAGGAAAUAA